AUGACACCCAUGCCACAACUUCCAGUACGCACAACUCGGCAUCAAGGCUUCCGCGAGUGGCUUGCCGGCUUUAUGCUUGAAGUUCACCAGAUACUGCGGGAAGCCUCGGUUCGCUACUACGAUGUCGAAGUAGUCAUCCGAAAACCCUUCAAGACACCUGGUCCGGACAGCGAGUACAACAAGACUGUGAUUGUUUUGGCGGAUAUCUCGGUGGCAGAUGCCCACGCCGACUGGGCCAUCGCAGCACGAACGGUUCUGGAGCGGUUGAUAGCCCUGGGGCGCGACGACAUAAACUUCGAGAUCGUGGACCUUGAAGCCGCCUGCGAGUUCGAUAACGCCGUCUUUGAAGACGACCAAACAGUGCAAGCCUGGCAUAACGUCCAUAUAUAG